GGGAGAAGUAACAAGAAUUCAGACACUCCGCCAAUCCUUAUUCCCUCAACAGCUAAGUUCCAGUGUUCCAGAAUUUUUGAUUAUCGACAAUAUCGACAUUUACUUCAUGUUUCUCACUCGAUCGAUUGGGUAAACAUCACUCUACACAAACUUAAACUGCUCUUUUUUGUGUGAUACACGAAAAAUGUCUUCCAAUUUCGACUACAUUCUGCAAACUUUAAGCAUCGUUCUGCUGUACUACGUAGGAUUCUUAGCAAGUACACACAUUCUGGGUAUCUUUAUGCUGUAUCAACUGUUCUUUUAUACACCCUUAUGGCCGUUUGUACUUCUCUAUUUAUCGUGGACGUAUCUUGUUGAGUGGAAAACUCCUGAACGUGGUGGAAGAGACCUACUGAUAAACUUUGCAAGAAGGCUCUCUGUUUUCCAGUACAUGAGGGAUUACUAUCCUAUUACCCUCGUCAAAACUAGCGACCUCGAUUCAAAGAAGAACUACAUAUUUGGAUAUCAUCCCCAUGGGGCUCUUACCGAAGGAGCAUCAAUAGGAUUGAAUACAGAAGCAUGUGGAUUUAGUGAAAAAUUCCCUGGAAUCAUUCCGCAUCUUUCCGUGCAUUCAGGUAUCCUCAAAGCCUGGUUAUACCUUGAUAUCGUGAUGGCCCUUGGCGUGAUUGAUGUAUCACGUCACAGCUUGGAAUACAAUCUGACACAGAAGGGGGCAGGACACUCGGUUGUCAUCAUUGUUGGGGGACAAGCAGAGAUACGAGAAAUGGGCUUUGACAGCUACGUGCUGAUAAUGAAAUGGCGGAAAGGAUUCAUUAAACUCGCAUUGCAAAUUGGGUUCGUAUGAGUCUCCGAAUUUCUGCUUAGCUAAAAGAUUAGCUAAGAUCGGUUUAUUU